ACCGUCAGAGCUCGCGCGAAAAACAUGAGCCGGAUCAUGAAAGCCCAUGCCCGACAAUCACGCCCGAUAUGGCGUCCGCAGCCGAGAGCGACGGUGGCGCCCAUAGGUCCGAUGCAACUGAGCCGACACACUCAGCGCUGCCACCUGCUGAUCCUCGAUGUGCGCGAAACCCGCGGAGUUUGAGGAAUGUCAUAUCGUCACAUCCAAGAAACUAUCCGGUUUUUCGACUCUCUCGCGAAGCUUCCAGUUCUCAGGCGAAGUGCUGAGACUCAAAAACUCCCCUAGUGUUCUGAUUGUGAUCGUCGACGAGGACGAGCGCACUUCGAGCGCGAUGAUUCGUUUUUUCGUGGAGCGCGGAUAUGAAAACGUGCGACUGCUUAGCGGAAUCGGUCUCGGCUGUUGAACCAAAUCUCCUGGAGCUGCGCGGCCGGCUUCUGCAUUGAUUCUUCGCGCGAGCAGGGGCUCCAC